AUGGUGCUCCGCCACACUUCCACCUCGUUGGGCACGUUUGUCCGCGGGGCGGUGGCGACGAUGCGCAUGUCGGCCAAGCCUGGGUCUGUUGCUCGUCUGCGCGCUGCAGUUCGCGGCGCCAUGCAUGCGACAUACCCUUCCUUGACUACUCCGGCACAUGCACUGGGACACGCUCCCGGUGCUACACGCAGCUUCGUCUCGGGGGCUCCCCCCGCCACUGCCCGCGGUGCCAACUAUGGCAACACGGUGCGCACCUUUGCGCGCGCUGGAUACCGCCCUUCCGCACGUACACCUCACGGUGCUGCUGUCCCGGCCACUGUCGGUCUCGGCAGCGCGCGUACCUUUGCUACCGCCCCUGCCGCUGGCACCUUCAACGCUGGCGUCCACAACGUCCCUAUUGUCCUCCGCGCGUUCGCUUCCAUCUUUGACGACGAGGACAAGCUCCCGCGCGCGUCCCAGUACAAGCCCUACGCCAGGCCCAAGCGCCAGCGCCAGCAGAAGAAGCACGGUGGUAUCCGCCGCGCCCGUCGCUGCCGCGUCAACUCGAUCUCGUCUGCUACCUCUGAGCGCUCGAUCCUCCGCGAGCUCGGCAACUACUUCCCGCUCACGACCACUGUUGACGAGGAGGACGUUGCUCUUCCCGUCAUCCCCGAGCAGCUUGUUACCCCCGGCUCUACCUCGACUCUUGCGCUCCCGCUCGCUCCUAGCCUCAGCUCGCUUCUGGCUCCGACGCCAACGAUAACGUAUGCCGACGCAGAGAUAGGAGUCGCGAUCCUCGCUGGUCUCACUGCUGGUCUUUUGCCUCUUCAGGACGCCUACGCUGCAGCGGGCGCCCGGGUCAUUCCGCUCCUCGCCCGCCUUGAGAGCCUUGGCGUGCUCGCUGUCCACCUCGAGCCCGCUACGACGCUUGAAGUUGCCACUGAUCCCUUUGGCGAGCCCGACAUUCUUCGCAUCUACUUUAACGGCCGCUCGCCCUCGGAUGUCCUUACGCUCCUCGGUGGCACCCUCGCCGCCGACGCUGAUGGCUAUGAGUGGUGGGCCCUCACGGAAUCCAAGCACCCCGUCCUGUCGUCCAUCGACGAGAUCAACGAGGAGCAGUGGGACAACAUGCCCGCCCCUUCGCCGACUGUCGAGCUCGUGAUGCCCACCGUCGACAUGAGCAUGAUGACGGCUGCCGGCUCGCUCACCGAGGUGGAGCUCGAGAUGGAAAACGGCGGCUGGCCCGACUGGCCUCCCUCGCCUACCCUCUCUCCCAGCGUCCCAAGCUCUCCUGCCUCGCCCGCUUCCAACGCAUCGACCUUUUCCUCGGGAAUGGCCACCCCGCACUCGUACGAGAACGACGACAUGGCCAGCUGGACCACGUCUCCGUCCAUGUCGCACGCGUCCCUGAUUUCGGCCGUGGCUCUCAGCCUUGCGCGCUCGCGCUCGGGCUCCGACCUCAGCUGGUCGUCCCCGCCCAGCGAGGCCGACGACGACGUCCAGUCCGCCUGGGGAAGUGACGGAGAUGCCGUCCACAUCAACGACGAGUAUGUCCUCGAGCUCGACCACUCGCCCGGCUGGGUCGGCGAUGGUCUUGGUCUCGCGCAGCCGUGGUGA